UGGGGCCGUACGCAAGAGGAAGCAGAGUCACUAGCCAGCGAGCUGGACAUCCCCUUUUCCACCAACAAGACAGAUGAUGUGUUGUUACAUCCAGAAGUCCAUCUUGUCUGCAUAUUGACACCUCCUCCACACACACGGCAGAUUGCGGUAAAAGCACUAGGUAUAGGUAAAAAUGUGAUCAGCGAGCAGGCAGCUACACUGACAGAUGCCUGUAAGAUGGUGACAGCGGCAAGAUAUUAUCCACAGCUUAUGAGUAUCAUGGGAAAUUCCUUGCGCUUCUUGCCCGCAUUUGUCCAAAUGAAGCGCCUGCUAGGAGAGGGUUAUUGUGGGAACUUGCAGGUAUGUGAAGCACGUGUUUAUGGAGGCUCGCUGCUCAGCCAGUCAUAUGGAUGGGCAUGGGAGGAGCUGAUGGGGGGAGGUGGCCUGCACACAGUUGGCUCCUGCAUCAUUGACCUCCUGAGCCACCUCACGGGACGUCGGGCUGUGCGUGUGCAUGGAAUGCUCCGGACUUUCGUACAUCAAGGUGGCCCAGCGGGAGGGAUUCGUUCUGUGACUGCAGAUGACUACGCUUGCUUUCAGCUGCUGAUGAAUGGAGGAGUGGUUUGCAGCGUGACAUUAAACUUUAAUCUACCUGGCACAGAUGUGCAUGAGAUCAUGCUUGUGGGGUCAUCAGGACGACUUGUUGCUCGAGGAACAGAGCUCUACGGCCAACGGGCCAGUAUGCAAGUAGAGAAGCGUCUUUUGAGUGAUGGGGGAGAAGCUGUAGGUCCAUCUGUCAGGGGACUGAACAGCAUGGUGACUCAACUCAGACUUUCGUUUCAGACACAAGAGGACAGGCGCUCUUGGGUGCGGCAUCCUGUUUCCAUGGCAGCCUCCUUCGAGGAUGGGCUGUAUGUACAGACGGUUGUAGAUGCUAUCAAACGGUCAAAUCGCACUGGAGAGUGGGAGUCAGUGGAGGUCAAGAUUCAAGAUGUUGACUCGAACCACAACCACAGAACCCUGCCAAACUAACAAAACACACAGUUACAUUCUAUAUAUGCUAGCCUAUUAACACCAUUAACUUUUUUUUUUUACAAUAAAACAACCAUGCUUUAAUUUUAAACAGAUAGAUGAGUGGUUACCAACCAUGUUCCUGGAGGAACAUGCAUCUCUCCUUUGUCUGACACCCAUUUCAGGUCUUGGAGUCUGUACUUCAGCUUAUGGUCUGAAUUAAGGGGACAUGAAAACAUUCAGUGUUUGGGGGCCCCCAGGAACAUGGUUGAAAACCACUGAUAUAGAUAAUUUGACAAAGUUUACGCAUACUAUCUGAAAGUUUUAAGAUGGGUCACUUUUGCAAAACACUGGAAAAUGCGUCACUGGACAGGAAUUGUGGUUUCAGGGUUGUCUUGUUGCUUUUUUUUACUGUAACAAAAAAGAUGUGCAAAGCUUAGCUGUGAAAAAAAAACAUUUCUGUGCUUUUCCUAUUUUAUGUAAUCUUUCGAGUUUAAAUUUGAGUCCAGGGGGUUUAAAUGUGAUCCUCUUAAGUUUUAUAUUUUAUUUGAGUAGUGAAGAUAAGCUUGUGAUCUGCUGAGUAUUUUUUCUUCUUCUGUAUAUAUGUGUGUGUGAGAGAGAGCUUUAAGAGCACUGAAAAACUUAUGCAGGACACUAGAUAUAAUUUACUGUAAUAUAUCUGUUGUGACUUAUUGCCUGAUGUCCAGUGCCUUGGACAUGUUAACAGUUCUACUAAGCUGCACAAGUUUCUUGAAUUACAUUUUUU